AGAUCAAUGAAUAAAAAAGACAAAAGAAUAUGAAAAAUAUAUCGAAAGCGCUUUGGAAUUUGGAUAAUUGAUAACAAACGCACCCAAAAUAGAAUCCCCAAAUUCUGAAAAUCUUCUUAUUAGGGUUUCAAUAUUUUUCAACGUUUUUCCAAAAUUUCCUUCUUCUUCUUCUUCUUCUUCUUCAUCUUCUACUUUUUCAAGCUCUCUGAUCUCAACGGUCGAAUUUCCAGUCCGAUCGGAGAUCUAGGGCUCAAACCCCUAAUCUCCGGCGAUUUUCUGAACUUCAGAUUGGUUGGUUUGCAAGCCUAAUAAAUGUGACAAACACAGACAUAUAUAUAUAUAUAUAUAUAUAUAUAGUCUUGAAGAAGAGAAGAAGAAGUUGAUGAUGGAUCAGAUUCAGUCUCAGAUCUUGAACAAUCAAAACUACGUCGUUUGGCUCAACCGUCCUCCACCCUUACCCGAACAACAACAAAACCCAAUGAUGUUCCAGAGCUCCUCUCAGAGACCACUCUUCAUUUCGGGUCGGACCAAUUGGAUGGGUAACAAACCCGACACCCGACGCAACAAAGACCCGAUUUCCGUCUCCUCCGCCACCACCUCCGCCUAUCUCGGCGAUUCGCAGUCUCAGAACCGCGCGAAGGCUCGGCGGUUCUACCCGAAGAAGAAGUUCAAGUCGUCCCGCUUUGCUCCCUUCGCUCCCCGCAAUACAACGUCGUUCAUAAUCCGAGCCAAGAAGUCCGGCGGCAUAGCCUCGCUCGUCUCCCCGUGUCCCGUCACGCCGGCGAUUCUACCGACCCCAAUAUUCUCGCCUUCGAGAGAGGUUCUUGUUGACAUGGCGAAAGAAGAGUGGGGGGUUGAUGGGUACGGUUCCAUGAAGGGUCUGAUACGGCUCCGAUCACCGAGGGACGAUGACGAGGAGGAAGAAGACGAUGGUGGGUCGAGCGAGAGCGAUGUGGAGGAACACGUGGAAGUGGAGAGGAGGCUGGACCAUGAUCUCAGUAGGUUCGAGAUGAUAUACCCAAAUUCGAGUGUUACUCGAAGUGAGGAACAGAGUAUUAUUUCGAGCAGUGUAUUGGAGAACAGGGUUGACGAUCAGGAUACCCAUAUAGCUCAGCUUGAGGAAGAGAAUUUGACGUUGAAAGAGCGACUCUUCUUGUUGGAGAGGGAUUUGGACGAUUUGAGAAGGAGGGUUCAGUGCUUGGAGACCAGUGGUGGUGGCCGUUUGAGGCUCAGAGAGGUGGUUAGAGAUGGCCAUGAAGACGAGGCUGCCUCGGAAAAUGGAUCGGACAAUGAAGGAAUUGACGAUGCUUGGUCGGAGAAGAGCCUAGUCUAGUUCUUUACUGUUUAGGAAAAAAACAUUUAGUUUUGCUUUUGGAGUUUGUCGAAAAUGCCUCUGUACAUAUUAUCUUUGUAGGGGUGUUCUAGAUUUUUUUUUUUUUUUUUUUUUAUUUGUGGUUAAACUGUCUAGUUUUUAUAGAUUGUGUGCUUCCUAUCUAAUUUUGGUUGUAAUCUGACUCUCUGGGAUUUCUGAACCCUGAAUCCCUAUGUGAUCCUGAAAUAAGAAUUUGGACAGGUUUCUGCUGACUA